UCCAGCUGAGGCACGUGUGUCGAGAAGGCCUGGCUCUCUGGCUCGCCUCGCUCUUCGCUCUUCUGGCCUAUUUUCGUCUCUGACUGCUCCCUCUUUUGGUAUUUUGGUUGGCAAUAGCAGUCAUUUCGUGUGUUUUUUUCUUGUGGGAUCAGUAUGUUGCUUUAAGUCUUGAUACGAUUUUCACGUAAGGAGUUGCUGACUGAAUGAAGACACCCCCACCCUAUGGGAAGUUAGGGUCUCAUUGAAAAAAAAAAGGACGACUUCCCUGAAAGAUGGUUAGAUUUGCACGUGCCGAGGGCUCCAAGGGCUCCAACAAGCGGGUCCCGGAAGAGCCCACCCCCUGGCAUGAGCUGGCACCGACUAAAGCACCAGAAGGCAAAGCAGACAUUCAAAAGACAUUAAAGAAUGUGGAAAAGGAUAAGAAUAAAGAAAGAGGUAAUAAUGGAAUUGCAAAGAAAGAUGUGACAAAGAAAAAGAAGAGAGUGUUGGAUGAAAGUGGUGCUGAUACUUUGCAGAUAAAGAAGAAAAAAUGUGUUGGUAAGAAUGACACUGUUGAUAAAGAGAACGAGGAAAUAAAUUCAAACCAGACAACAGGGAAAGUGGAUUUAAUUGAAGUAAAACAAACAAAGAAAAAAAUUAAGAAAAAGACUGAAAAUGGUGUGAAGAAAGAUGAAGUGAAGGGGAAGAAAAAGAGAAAGCUAGACAAAGCAAAUGGAGAAGAGAACACUGAUACUGUCCAGAUCAAGAAGAAGAAAAACAGUGCUGAUGAAUCUGGGACUGAGGGAAAGGUUGUCAAUGUUGAAUUAGAAAAAGAUGAUGAUUGUAUUGAGAAAAGUUCAGAUGUUAAACAGAAGAGAAAAAAGAAGACGAAAAAAAUGGAUAAUGGGAAAGUAGAAGAGAAGAAAGAGUUUGUAAUCAAUGAUAAAAGUCAGAGGGUUAAGGUAUUCAAGGAUGGCACAGAAAGAACAUGGUUUGACCUCCCCUAUGAAGAAGGCCAGCGCAUGACAAGGUAUGACAACAUGUGGGUUAAGAAGGAGGUGGUGGAGAAGCUGGACCAGCUGAAGGGGUCUCUCAAAGGAGAAGGCCAUUCUGAGAAGGAGGUGAUGAGGAUGAUGAUGAAAGCAAAACGAAAAGCUCAUAGAGAAUUAAGGAUUGAACUUAUAUAUGAACAAAAGGCAGCAGUUGAAGAUCAGUUACCUGAAAGCAAAAGUAAAGUGGUAAAAAAGAAGAAUAAGAUACCUAAUGAAGGGGGAAAUAGUAUUAAAAAAUAUUCUGAUAAUGAUGAUGAUAAUUAUGAACAUAAUUUUGAAGUAAGUAGUGGUGACAAUAAAGUAUCCUGUUUUAGAUGCCACCAGCCAGGGCAUAGAAUAGCUGAUUGCCCACAGACAGGUACAGAAAAUGUUACCACAGAAAAAGAGAGUCAGAUCACCUGUUUCAAAUGCCAUCAACCAGGGCACAGAAUUGCAGACUGUCCAACAGCGGCAGGAAUAGAAGAUACAAAAGCAGGAAAUGUUGGCCAGAUCACCUGUUUUAAUUGCAAUGAGCCAGGACACAGAAAAAUUGACUGCCCAAAAAUGUCAGAAUGUAAUAGAACAGGAAGUGAUAAUCAGAUCACCUGUUUCAAAUGCCAUCAACCAGGACAUAGAAUUGCAGACUGUCCAACAGCGGCAGGAAUAGAAGAUACAAAAACAGGAAAUGAUGGCCAGAUCACCUGCUUUAAUUGCAAUGAGCCAGGACAUAGAAAAAUUGACUGCCCAAAAAUGACAGGCAGAGAAUUUAAUAGAACAGGAAGUGAUAAUCAGAUCACUUGUUUCAAUUGCCAUCAACCAGGACACAGGAGGGCAGAUUGCCCAGGAGGAAUGGGAAGAAGUGAUUGUGGUUCAGCAUGGAAUGAAAAUAAGCUCACAUGUUUCAAAUGCAAUCAGCCAGGGCAUAAGAUGUCUGACUGCCCAGCAGCAGGUGGAGAAUAUGGGAGGUCAGGCCCAAAUAACCAGAUUACAUGUUUUAAUUGCCAUCAGCCAGGACACAGGAGAGCAGAUUGCCCAGGAGGAAUGGGAGGAAAUUAUUAUGGUUCAGCAUCUUACAGUGGCUCUCAUCCUGGGAGUGGAGGAAUGGGAAGUGAUUUUGGUUUGGGAAGGAAUGGAAAUCAGGCCACCUGUUUCAGAUGCCACCAGCCAGGGCAUAAGAUAUCAGACUGCCCAGAAGCAGGUGGAGGUAACCAAAUUACCUGUUUCAAAUGCCAUCAGCCAGGGCAUAGGAUAUCUGACUGCCCAGAAGCAGGUGGAGAUAACCAGAUUACCUGUUUCAACUGCCAUCAGCCAGGACAUAGGAGAGCAGAUUGCCCAGGAGGAAUGGGAAGAAAUGAUUACGGUUCAGCAUGGAAUGGAAAUCAGCUCACCUGUUUCAAAUGCCAUCAGCCAGGGCAUAAGAUAUCCGACUGCCCAGAAGCAGGUGGAAAUAACCAGAUUACCUGUUUCAAAUGCCAUCAGCCAGGGCAUAGGAUAUCCGACUGCCCAGAAGCAGGUGGAGAUAACCAGAUUACCUGUUUUAAUUGCCAUCAGCCAGGACACAGGAAGGCAGAUUGUUCAUCAGGCAUGGAAAACAGUGAUAGGAAAGAAAGAAAUGAAAAGCAGCUCACCUGUUUCCAUUGUCAUCAACCAGGGCACAGGAAAACUGAGUGCCCAAAUAUGACUGAAGAUGAUGUUCAGAGAAGGAAUCACAACCCAGUUGUUUUUGAAGAAAAUGAUAUGAUGACUCAGUAUGAAGGUGUCUGGGUGUUGAAAAGUGCAGUGGCAUAUUUAGAUGAUAGGAGAGAGCAGCUCGUGAAGGAGGCUGUGUCUGAAAGGGAGGAUGGAAAUGAUUCUACUGAGCUAACAAAAGAAGAACAGAUAAAAGUUCAGAGGACUAUGAAAAAAGAGAAGAGGCGGGAGCUCAAGCUCCUUCAGAAGCAUCUGAGAGGUAUUAAAGUAGAUACUACCCAGGCAAGAAAUAGAAAUGAUGUAACAAAUACACCAAGCAAAAUGGAUGUCCCAAACAAAAGCAGCAGUAAUAAUAAUGAGGAGGACUAUCAAGUUGUUAAAUUUGAUGGAUUCUUUGUUAAGAAGGAAUCUGCUGACAGACUUAAUGGAUUAAAAGCUCGCCUUACAAAGGAGGGGGUAUCUGGAGAUCAGCUGCAAAGUAUCUUGCAGAGAGAACGUCGUAAAGAAGAGAGGUUGCUCAAGAAUGCAUCAAAGUCCUUAUGUCUUAAAUGCCGCCAGCCUGGGCACAUGGUGUCAACAUGCCCAAUGUUGAAUGAUGGAUCAGGAUCUAGUGGUCCAAUAGAUAUCUGUUAUACAUGUGGUUCAACUGAACACAGACACAAGGAGUGUCCACAGAAGGAUAAAGGUGGUGCAUUUUCCCAUGCAACAUGCUUUGUAUGUGGGGAGACGGGUCACCUUGCCAAGGAGUGUUCAGAAAACCCACGUGGUCUGUACCCAGAUGGAGGAGCUUGCCGGAUGUGUGGAUCAGUGGAACAUCUACGCAAGGAUUGUCCAGAUCUGCAGGAGGAGAACCAGAAAUCAACAAUAACAGUUGGCCGAAUGGAUGGUAGUGCCCUAGAAGCUUUGGACAGCUUUGAAAAUGUGAACUCGACAGAGAAAGCUGCCAAAGGGGAAGUGAAGGUUGUCAGAUUCUGAGGAGAAUGCAGUUCAAGCAGAGGAACUACUUUUUGUUAUAGAUAGAAUUUUGGGAGUAUCAAGGUCUGUAUUUGAAUUUGGAAUGAAUGAGCAAAGAUUCAUGAGACUUCGAAGACUGUUUACAAAGUACUAUGUCUCCUCUUUGGUUCCUAAUACAGUCCAUUUCAUAAUUUACUGUUAUCCAUGUUAAAAGGUUUUCUGUUAUUUUCUGAAGGAAACUGGUUUUCCAAAACAAGUACAAGUACUCCAAAUUGAAAUUAUUUUACACACACAAACAGUGUGUGUUUGUGUGUGUGUGUGUGGG